GAGUCACUCUGCCGCGAGAACGAAGCGUCCGGACAGCUGCGAUCGAAGGAAGUAUAGAGCAGUAUGCUAUAAGAAUCUGAAGGAGUGGAAUAAGGACAGCUAUAUUCGAACUGCGUAAGGACGUACGGUGACUCAAGGGAGAGCAGUGGAGUACCAUAAACAUACAGGAUCACACUGAUUUCUUUCCAGAUUUGGGGGGGCUGGGAUCAUAUCGGAUACCCAUGAUAGCGAGAGAUACAUAAAGUAUAUGUUAAUGCUGAUGAAGAUUGGAAAUAAGAAAAACAGUGGAAAUUGAUACAGAAUAAAAAAGUGUGAAAAGUGGCAGUGAGAAGAAGAAGGGAUAGUGGUAAAUGCGGUGGUUGAAGAAGAGAUGGACCCGUCAAUGUUUGUCACGUACACUCCUCAAACCAAUGGAGUCCCUUUGGAGUCUAAACUUGCUACUUAUAUGAACCGUCAAAGUCCAGGGGUGGCCCUGAAUACAACAGCAGUUACUAAGCACCUGUCAAAUUUAUCUCUGGAAUCUCAGAAAAAAGCAACUUCCAGUCCUGAAUUUGUACCAGGAAGAGCCCUAACGGGUAGCAAUAGCAGUUCGCCAAAUCUUUUCAAUAAUUCCUAUCAUUCCCAAGAGAAUGUAGGUGGCACCACUUAUUUUUACCUUGGGAAUGCAGCAACUGAUGCCGUCGGAGGCGAGGAUGGAACAGAGGCUAUCGGAAACGUCGGAGCAGGUCAGGUAGGCUAUGUCUAUCCAGGUACACCUGCUCAUCUUCAACCUGUGAAAGCAGUGAAGCCUUCGUCCAACAGCUCCUCUGCUCCUUCCACACCUCCUCCUCAAGCAACUCCUAGCUUUUUUGUUAGCGAGAAUCUUCGCCUGGACAUUCUUCACAAAAACACAUUAACCCUGACCCAACCAGACGUGGUACGAUUUCCUGACUUGCCUAACGAGGUAGAUAACUACCAUGAAUUAUGUCCACUGGAACCAAUUCAUAAACCAGCAUCUACGGUAUUGGGAUAUCAGACCUCAACGUACAAAGCUACCAGCAUUAAAACAGGCGUACGUUACUGUCUACGUCGAGUACACGAUUUUAGGUUGGCCAAUACAAAAUGUAUGGUUCUGGUUGAUAUGUGGAAGCGGUUAUCGCACACCAACUUGGUUCAAAUGCGAGAGGUUUUCACCACCAAGGCCUUUGGUGAUCAUUCCAUGGUAUUCGUUUACGAUUACCACCCGGGGUCCGAGACCCUCUUGAAUAAACACUUCUCAGCGACCGAGCUGAACGGUUACUCGGAUCCAUUCUCAUCGGAUCCAAAUGCACCACGACCUUACAGUCAUACUAAAAACACUAUCUUAAGACAUCAGCACAGUAGUAUGCUUCCUGAGAGUGUGAUCUGGAGCUACAUCAUACAAUUAACUGCAGCCCUACGCGUUGUUCAUGCAGCGGGUCUAGCAUACAGAUGUCUGGAUCCGACUAAAGUUUUACUCACGUCACGGACCCGUCUACGUCUAAGCUGCAUUGGGGUUCCGGAUGUCGUCACGUUCGAUGGCAAUGCUGCCAAUCCUCUUAGCCUUAUACCUCACUACCAGCAGGAGGAUCUAAUAGCGUUGGGGAAGCUGGUAUUGGCUUUAGCAUGUCGCAGCCUCCUUGCCGUCCAUCGCGACAAUAUGCAGGCCUCGCUCGAGCUCGUCGCACGCUCCUACUCCACCGAUCUUCGAAAUCUUAUUCUGUACUUGCUUUCGAAUCAGGCACGGAGAAGCGUAACGGAUCUAAUGCCAAUGAUCGGAGCACGUUUCUAUACGCAGUUGGACGCCGCGCAACUUCGCUCCGACGUGCUCGAAGACGAGCUCGCCAAGGAACUGGAAAAUGGCAGACUGUUCAAGUUGCUUGUUAAACUCGCCACUAUCAAUGAAAGGCCCGAACUUAAUAUGGAUCCAACGUGGGCUGAGACUGGUGAUCGUUACAUGCUCAAACUAUUUAGGGACUACGUUUUCCAUCAGGUAGCCGCCGACGGGAGACCGUGGCUGGAUAUGGCGCAUGUUGUUUGCUGCUUAAAUAAACUCGAUUCGGGAUCCCACGACAAGAUCUGUCUAAUGUCACGGGAUGAGCAAAGCGUACUAGUUGUGAGUUACGCGGAAUUACGGCAGUGCUUGGAGACUUCAUUUGGUGAAUUGGUACAAUCUGCAAAAGAUAAUGUUUAGAGCUGUUGCGUAUCUCGAUUCGACUGGACAGCACAAGACUCCGAACCAUGAUUGUGAUAUCAAUACUUAGCGAUACCAUCAUUUUAAAGUUUAUCAAAUGCCAUGGGUAUCGGACAUAAAUCCAGGAUACUGUGUAAGAAGAGAUCAGUUUAUGAAUUCGAAGUGGAAGCUUCGAGUUCCUCAAUGUGAGAGAUUAUUAAUGGGAGUUAUAUGCAUGAUUUCGGUUAACGAAUCACUGGGUUACGCGUCAAGUUGCGCACCGGUACUAUAAUUUGUAUGUAAUAUACGUACGCAGAGGAAAUCAUGUAAUGAUGUAAAAUCGAAGGCAUUUCAAUUUGCUAUGAAAUCCCAUUACUAUACAGAACUUGUACACAACUUAAAUAAUGUGCUGAAGUCUCUUAAAGAUACACCUAAACACAAGGACUCGUCGCCGGUCCGUGUAUAGGAUAGAGAUCUUAGGUUUUAGGAUACAGCUGGUAAGCAUUAAUUUUGAAAUAAAUGUUUAUUUUUGAAAGCAAUCUUAAA